CAGUGAGCUUGCGAGUGGCCGUACGUCUCGAGGAGUGGUGCUUCGUGCUUCGUAUUUCAGACGUUCGUGCCGACGAGUAGUAUCCCGUGCGCGCGUUUCUACCACGCGAGCGUUCCCCGAUAACGUACCCGUGAAGAAAUCCACGAGCAUCCGACAUGUCGGAACGGGAGGACAACGUUUACAAGGCGAAACUGGCCGAGCAAGCGGAACGCUAUGACGAGAUGGUAGAGGCGAUGAAGAAGGUGGCUUCGCUGGACGUAGAACUCACCGUUGAGGAAAGAAACCUUCUCUCAGUGGCAUACAAAAAUGUCAUUGGCGCGAGGAGAGCUUCCUGGAGAAUAAUCUCGAGCAUUGAACAGAAAGAGGAGAACAAAGGCGCCGAGGGGAAACUAGAGAUGAUCCGCCAGUACCGAUCUCAAGUGGAAAAGGAGCUCAGGGAUAUCUGCGCGGACAUUCUCGGCGUUUUGGACAAGCAUCUCAUACCGUGCGCCUCCACGGGAGAAUCCAAAGUCUUUUAUUAUAAAAUGAAGGGCGAUUAUCAUCGUUACUUAGCAGAAUUCGCCAUCGGCAAUGAUAGGAAGGAAGCGGCGGAGUGCUCUUUGGUGGCGUACAAAGCAGCGAGCGACAUCGCCAUGACGGAAUUGCCACCGACCCAUCCCAUCCGCCUGGGAUUAGCGCUCAAUUUCUCCGUAUUUUACUAUGAAAUUCUCAAUAGUCCCGACAGAGCAUGCCGCUUGGCGAAGGCAGCCUUCGAUGACGCGAUCGCUGAACUGGACACCCUGUCCGAGGAGAGCUACAAAGAUUCCACUCUUAUAAUGCAGCUACUCAGGGACAACCUCACUCUGUGGACGUCGGACAUGCAGGGAGACGAAUCCGAGUCUGAUCAGCAAGGCGAUAGCGCUGUCGAUACCCACGAUGCCUGAACGUAAAUACAUCCUUUUCUCCUCGCAGCAUGCCUAUAUCCGGUGAAGCUGAACAAAAGGAGCAACUGCAAGACGUGGAAGACCAGGACGUAUCGUAACUCUAGCUGUAGUGAGUGUUAUCUUGCGCAUAUAAAACUGAGACACAAGACAAACUCUUAAUAAUUCGUAAGCAAAAGAAAAAAAACCAAUUCAGCAGGUGACAGUUCGGGGUAGGAAGGGGAGAUCUUUAGAAAUUCGCGUGACCCUUAAAAAGCACGCACUGUACGGUUACUCCAAAACAAAGCAGCAGCAGCAGCAGCAGCGACGGCAAAAAAAUAAUAAUAAUAAAUCAAUUGUUCGGUUGCAUUACUCUAUACACACACACACACACACACACACAUAUGCGUACACGUACAUACAAGGACACAAAAUUAAUUUACGGAGCACGCAAAAAGAUAAUGGAACAACAGAACAUGCACUUUGCGAUAAAUAGAGAGACUGCAAAGCAUUUAGGAGAGGCACUUUUCAAUUGCCCCGUUUUUGCGUAUCGAGAAGAAAUGCCGUAUUUGCACUUUGCAUGCAUCCGAUCGGGAUUGUCGUCGCGCGGCGACGUCGGGGACGCUCGGUGCGCCGACGUCGAUUGAUUUACCGGCGAUUUCAGCCCCCUGCAUUCCGAAUUACACUAUUACACGCCAAUGUCACGGUACGUUCGGGAUCGAAUCCUUGUUUUUUUCCGCUCAGCACAGUUCUCGAGACGAGCGACGGCAAAUUAUGUCCCUCACGUAUCUUGCAAUAGUAGAAGAGAAGAAAAACAAAAAAAAGUACGAAGAAGCACAGAAUUAUUCGACGUUAAUCGAGGACGCAUUGUGUGUUCGUCCGUUCUUACACCUUCGCCGUACUCUUUGUCCGGUCUCCUCCUCUUUUUGUCCCGCUCCUUUUGUUUUUUUCCGUACCUCGCUUUUUUACUGCGCGUUCGGUCGUCUCGCAUAUGCAGUAUAAAUUGCUACGAUUUACGUACGCGUGUAAAUCGAAUGUAAAUCACUUUAUUCCACACGUCUCUCUUUCAUGUACACGUACACGCAUACACGUACACACACGCGCGCGCGCAUUCACUCUUUUUCAGUCUCUCCGUCUCUCUCUUUACGGAAAUAACGGCGGCACUCUCAUUGCCAGUUAUCAAAAUGAACCUCCCUUUCGAGCUUGUACUCUGUAAUAAGAUGAUACGUACUUCCGAUACGAAAUCCUAUACAAGUCUAAUGUUAUACAUAGCCGAGAAAAAAAAUUUUAAACGCAUGGAGGUUCCUGGCAUAGACGAACUGAGAAAAAAAAAAGAAUGUGUUUACUUCGAUUGCCUCUCCCUGUACCUCGUCAAAUGCAAUAACAUUGUUCGCCUGAUUGUGAGCUUUCAUAUACAAUGAGACCGUGUCGCGAGGGAGCUUGGUAAGAAGCGAGCGAGAAGUAGAGGCGAAUUUGUUCAUCGAAAUUCCGUGUCGCGAUCUCUCUCAGUUUCGUCAGGUGCGCGCAUCUUUCCUCGACGAAAACGAAAACUCUCAUCAAUCUCGACGAGCAAUGCCGUGAUUAGAAGCGACGAAGAAAAAUAAAGGAAAAGAAAGAAAGAGUAAAUGGGAGGAUUAUGUUAUCGUAGGCGAGCCUCUUUAGCGUUGUGUUACUCACAGCAAAUAAGUAACUAUUUAGCUAGUCUGUAAUGUGGUUGUACGUUUUCAUACGCCCGUUGUGUAGACUAAUAUCGAUUGCUGUGGUAAAAAGAAAUGAUUACAGAAUAAAUGACUACCCCGACUUUUUCCACCCGCGUACAUACACAUACUUACGUUACACACACACCACGCACAGGUAUACGUAUAUAUAUCUGCUCUCGUGGUUUCUCAUCCGGAUAGACGAUAGUUGAUCCGUGUUCAUAAUUAUUCAUUCGCCGAUUCAUUGACGAGCCAUUCCAUCGACUUUUACGUUGAGACAUUCCAUUAUUCUUGUAAUGAGUCGGGAUCGUAUAGAUUUACAGUGGAUAUACCUUUUCUUCAAGCCGACGAGGUAAGCUUAGCUAGUUACUGACCAUUUUACGCAUUAAACUUACCUACUUAUAAUAGAGCUAGAACUACCAAAA